UAGUCCAAGAGAGUGUGGCAGUCGUGACCACUGCAAAAGCAUUCCAGUAUUAGUUAUUUCGAUGAUAAAAUUCUGACUUCUUUUAUGGCAGAAUGCAUAUCAAAUCGCACGUGUUGCUUUCGUGUUUCAAAUUAUUGCCACUGCAUUUGUGUGGAGGCUUACGCGGCUGUUUGUUGGUGAAAAGGCAGUCAACGUUAGCAAUGUAUCAAGCUGUGGAAAGAGGUUCACCAAAUACAACAGACUACAGAAUAUAUUUCAGAAAUGCUUCUGGUCCAAUUUCCCCGUUACAUGACAUUCCAAUUUUUGCUGAUGCCAGCAAGAAAACCUACAAUAUGGUUGUUGAGAUUCCUCGAUGGACAAAUGCUAAAAUGGAGAUCAAUUUGAAAGAAGUUCUGAAUCCUAUUAAACAGGAUGUAAAGAAAGGAAAGUUAAGGUUUGUGGCAAAUUGCUUUCCUCACCAUGGUUAUAUUUGGAACUAUGGAGCCAUUCCACAGACAUGGGAAAAUCCGGAAGUUUUAGAUGAAUCAACAGGUUGCAAAGGUGACAAUGAUCCCAUUGAUAUUUUGGAAAUUGGUUUCCGAGUUGCAAAGAGGGGAGAAGUACUUCAGGUUAAAGUGCUGGGAACAGUAGCCCUCAUCGAUGAAGGUGAAACUGAUUGGAAGAUAAUUGCCAUUGAUGUAAAUGAUCCUUUAGCAGAUGAACUGAAAGAUAUUUCAGAUGUGGAGAAGCAUUUUCCUGGACUUUUGAAGGCAACAGUUGAGUGGUUCAAAAUUUACAAAAUCCCAGAUGGGAAGCCAGAAAACCAGUUUGCCUUUAAUGGUGAGGCAAAGAGCAGAGAAUUUGCUCAUCAUGUUAUUGAUGAUGUGCAUAAAUACUGGUGUAGCCUCAUUAAGAAAGAAGCUGAAGCUGGUGGAAUUUCAUGUGCAAAUGUAACAAAUGCCGAGAGUCCAUUCAAGAUAGAACAGAAGGAUGCAGAAGAUAUCAUUGCAAAGAGUCCACAACCUGGACUACCCCAUCCUGUUGAGUCUAUUGUGGACAAAUGGCAUUACAUUCAUCUGAAGUAAUUCCUGAGGAUAUUAGUAUCUUCUAACUCAGAUUUUUAAAGGGUAAAAUGGACCAUUUAGCAUAUAUGAUCAGUUAGAAUGUAUUCAUAUCAUACUAACAUCAUUGUUGGCAGUUUUGUAAGAAUCUGAACCAAAAUAUUUCAUUUUCUUCUAGCUGCUUGCUUCAAUUCAUAUGUAGGUGAUAUUUAAAUCUUUAUGUUGGACACUGUAUGAUGUAAUUGUUGUAAAAUGCCAUGUGGAGUAUGUGGUUACAGAACAAACUCAUCUGAGAUGAGUUUGUUGGGGUGCGAGAUGGAUUUGAUAAUGGAAUAAAUUAAUUAUUCAUUUUUAA